UAAUGGCGGGACUGUGGCAGGCAUUCUGACACUGGGGGGAACUGACUUGGUGUCACUGACACCCCCAGUGACACCAAUACAGUGAUCAGUGCUAAUAAAUAGCACUGACACUGUACUAAUGGCACUGGGUAGGAAGGUGUUAACAUGUGGGGCGAUCAAAGGGUUAACUGUGUGCUGUUUCAUUAGGAGCAGUGUCUCUGUGCUUCACUGUAAGCACACUGCUUUGCAUGGCUGUGCUGUGCACAGCCAUUCAAAGCAGCGUUCACGAGCUGAAAGGAAGGAGAACUGUUUUGUUUACAAACAGUUCUCCCCCCCCCGAAAUGCAAAAUCA